GUGGCAAUUGAUCACAAUGAACGUAUUCUGAACUUGCACAGCAAAGCGAGCCAUGCCCACACCAUCUGUGGCGACAUAGGUGAUUAUGAGGUCUUGUAUGAGACUUGGAGGCACUCAGGUGGAGCAGGUACUUUCACCUGUGGCUACAGCUGCCAGCCUUUCUCUCGUUUGGGCGACGGCAAGAGCUCUGCUGAUGAGCGUUCCAGUAGUCUCACCAAAGCACUGCGAAUGGCUUAUUAUUUGCAAGCUCAGGUUGUAAUCCUUGAGUGCGUUGCUUACAUGGAUGUCUCACUAGAAGUGCUGACCAUGAGGUGGGAAGGUCAGAUUGAUGGCACUGUCAGUAUUGCCGCAAUUUUGGAUCAUUUGAUCAGAGCACAGGAUGUUGUUGCCCCUACGAUUCCUGAUGUUGAUUGCCCAAUGCACUCCAUCCCGGAGGAUCUUGAGGAAACACCAGUGAUGGACGAGCCAUACAUUGUGGACGACCCCACUCUUGCAGGAUGUCUCUGUCUUGAUUCAUGUACAGUCAUCUUUGCUGACUCGACUGAAACACCCGUUCGUUUCCACCCCAAAUGUGGUACGACUCUUGCACAAUUCCUGAAUGCCCACGAAAAGUUGGUCGGAAAGUUUGAGGUUGACUGCAUCAAAAUUGGUAACAAAGUGAUUUCUUGGGACCAUGUCAUGGAGGUUGCCCAAGUUAUUGUUAUUCACGGGAAAAGAGAUGAGCCUGACUGCACCAUGCCAGUAUGUGAGCCCGUGGUCUCACCCACGGCAGAGUGGUCGCAGCCUGCAGUAGACAAUGCGAAGGUCUACUCUCCGCCCAGAAAAGUUUCCAAAUUUGAUGUCGGUGAAUGUGUCAUUCCUAGUGAAAUCCUGCCUGAUGAUCACUCAUGGCUUGAUGCUAGACCCCUGCAUGGUCUUCAGGGUAACCAGUUUCUAAAAUUGCAAAUGCCUGGCAUCCAAAAUGCCCAACAGCUCUGGUCCCUCCGACACCAAUACCUCCGUUCUGAAGACCGGCUGGUUGUGCUUCAGCAGCAAGAGCGAUUUUGGGCUGAUGAUGAAAUCAGGUUUCACCUACAUGCGGUUGUACAGGCCAGCCAGGAAUAUCACAUCCGAUUGGGCAAACCUGUGGCCCCUGUGUGUGUUAUUGACCCGCUGAUUUCUUCGGCAUGGCUCCAACAUAGGGGCUUUGAUUGCAAGUUGUGGGCCGAGGAUCACCCUGAGAUCAAAAAUGAUGGCAUCCCUAUUGCCACUGUGGUUUUGAUUGGCCAGCAUUGGGUCAUUGCUAAACAAUGGUGCUCCAAGAACCCUCAAAUCAAGGACAAUGGCCAAAACAUCGUGACUGCGGUCGCUGUUGAAGACCACUGGUUGCCUCUUUGGUUUGUGCCACAAGGACUUCCUGAACAUGUGAUGUGUGGAGCACAUGCGAUGGCCUUUAUUGCCCAUUUGACGGUAGGUAUGCCUUUGCCGGACACCUUGGGUGAAUUGCGCACUUUGCACACCAACAUGAGGGUAGUCGAAGCCAACCGUGGUAAGGCUGUCACUGGAAAGGGCAAAGGGAAGGGAGGUAAGAUCGGUGAAGCUGCCAACCCGGGCCCCAAUCCCAUUUUUGUCCUCGGCGUGGCAGUGUUGUCUCGACAUCCUACACGUGAAGACCCCGCUAUGUUGCUGGCGACUUUAACGUCCUUGCUGGAGCAUUACCUUCUUUUGAGGUUCUUGAAGCGGCCGGCUUUCGUGAUCUCCAAGAUCUUGCCCAAGAGAUGCAAACCCGUAGACUCCAAGCUUAUGUGCGGUAUGUCACAAUACAUGGAUCGGGUCAUGACCAUGCAAGGCAGGCUGAACUGCAAUACCGUGUGUUUCACCAAUGGCUCCAAGUGGUUGACUCCGCCACCUCGCACAGGUUUCACAGAUUCUGGAUUUGCCGACGGUUUGACCAUCUUCGUGAUGAAGUGCCUACGCAUGUGUUCAAAGCUGCUGCACAACUCCCUGAGGCAUUGGUCUGUUGUGGCCCGUUUUGCUGGUUGGUCAGUGAUCCUGGCGGACACUUGUGCGGUCCAUGACUAUACAGGGAGCCGGAUUCUGGCGGUCCAAGCGAACCUGACCCGCCCUUCUGAGUUUUGGGAGCUCUACGCCUUGCAUGCUCAGGCACGUGCAGUGAUCCAGGAAAUCAACCAUGCAGUCCAGCGCCUCCAGCUUAACAUCAGUAGGGAAGUUGUCCGUUCUGGUGAGCCAGUGGUUGUUGAAAUGGCACCGAUUGAUGCAGCGUUGCCGCCGCCUCAGCGGACGUGGCGACCCUUGCCAGAGCUCCGCAUACCGGCCCAAGCUGUGCGAUGGUACGGCGAUGCCCUGGUGCGCCGUAUCCUUAGCUGGUUUUGGCAGUCUGUUGGAACAAGCCUGGAAGAGCCUCAAUGGGUUUCCCACUUUCAGUUAUACGCAGAUUACAUGUGCAGUACAGGGCACCCAGGCCCGGUCCACCUUACGAAAUGGGCUGAUGGUGACACCGUGCCGCUGCUGACUCUGCGUGGCCUAGCUUUCCGCCAACGCACCAGAUGGUUUGUGAAGGUUUGGAAGGAGUGCCUCAAGCACUUGGGGAUUAACCUGGAGUUCGCCUAUGGAAG